CUAAGAUUGGAAAUACAGUUAACUCGUCCGGAUUGCCAUUCAGAAGCAUCUAAAAUCUCUAAUUCGUGCGUAAGUUUCCUGAGAGUAAUAUUUCAGAUUUGAAAGGCCUUGCGGCACCGGAUUUCAGAUCUGAAACCUAAGUAUCCACUACGGGUGAAGUAGAUCCACCACCUCUGCUGAUAAAGUCAAUUUAUGGCCGCCGUCAUUGUCCCCGGUUUAUAAGCUUUGGGGAGUUGGGUCCAGACUUUAGCGCUAAAAUGCCAGUCAAAUCAUUAAGUUCUCAGCAGAUUGUUCGUAUCCAUCAGUUGUUCCGUCAAGCCAAGUUCCACGAUCCUAGCGGUGAUGUUCUAAGUCCUGCGGGGGAGUAUAAUUUAAGGCUUGGAGUUAUAAAGGAGCUGCAUCCAGAUAUGCUUGCUACAUAUUCGGGAAGUGCGCAAGUAUUUGAAGGGCAUCCUUUUAUUGUGGAAGCUGGAGUUAGUUUGGGCGGAAAAGAUGUGAAACAUGGUCUAAAUAUAUUUCGGUUUGCUAAUCGCAUUCCCCUUCUAUUUGAGCAAGGAGCUGAUGUUGUUACCCGAACCGCUUUGAAGAGGAUCAACUGGAACAGUUACAAGAUUAAUCAGGCACAAGAUAAAAUUGGCGUCUUCGUCAGUAUUGUAAGCACCAAAAUUCCUUUUAAAGGGACUGGGAAGGAAUACAUUGGAGAUGAUAUAAGUGAGAUAGCUUCUGCUGUGAAGACAGCCAUUCAACAGUGUUGUGUUCAGCUAAAAUCUAAAAUCGUAAAAAGAAAACAAGCUCAAGAGCAGCAGGAGAGAAAGCGUAAUUUGACCAGGUACAUCCCUAGUGCUUCUGUUUCUAUAUUUGAAGUCCUCAAAGAUAUGUCUAAGAAACAUGCUUCCAAGAAGAGGCGCUUUGAGGAUGGAGAUUCAGAUUUACUGAAACAAGUUUCAGAUGAUUUAGUUACAGAAGAAACACUGAGACUGAAGCUUGCUCAGCAUGUUCAACAGGUUGACUAUGAGAUGGCGCUAGAGUAUGCCACACAGACUGGGGUAAAGGAAGAGCCCAAAGAAGAUAUUUACUUGCAAGUGUUGAAGGAUGAUGAUAAGUUCACCGAUUUCCAUAGCCCAAUAUUUCUCUUCAGACUUUUCCAUUAGGUAUUUAUACGCUUCUUCUCACUCCACCUCUAUUCUCUAUGUCCAUUUUGGAGUUGCAAUAUGCUUUAUACCCAUAAUGCAGUAGAUGAAUUACAGAGAUAUAAGAUAGGUUACAAAUGUUGGUCCUAUAAAGAAACAUUGUUCUUUACAUUUUACUCCAUCUUUUUAGAUGGAAUACAAAGUUUUAAACUACUCUAUGAAAGUGGAUAAUGUAACGUCGGGUACUGAGUAUUCCAUUGAAGUUGUAUGAGAUCAUUAUCCUUGAUCUGCUCUGUUUAUAGCUUUAAAUUCAUUAAAGAGCAAAUCUAAGG